AUGCCUCGUAAUCACGGGAAGCUCAAGACCCGAUGGAUCGUCCAGGACGCCGCGCGGGACGCGACUUUCCGGAUGCGCCGCGCCACGCUGCUGGAGAAGGCCAAGGAGCUCUCCAUCAUCUGCCAAAUCCCUGUGGCCAUGGUGGUGUACGGCCCCGGUAACGCCGAGCCAGCGUUCUGGCCGGAAGAUCUUGACGAGGCCAAGGGCAUCAUGCGGAGAUAUCUAGAGCUGCCUGAGGCCUCCAAGGAGACGCACAGGCUGGAUAACGAGGGCUUCCUGCGCCAGGCCUUGAAGAAGAUGGGGAAAAGGUUCGAGAGCUACAAGGCGACCGCCCGCCAGCUCGAGGUCAACCUCAUCCUCAACGACAUCAGCCUCGGCCGCCGCAGCAACCUCGACGACCUGGCCCCCGAGCUCGCCGCCGCCGUCAGGUCGGCGGUGAACUUGCUCAGGAGCUCCAUCUACGAGCGCGUGAACUCGCUCACCUCGGCCGCAAUGGAGGCCGUUCCGCCACAGCUCGCACCUGAAGAAGCUGCGACGGCGAUGCUUGUGUCGUCGCAGGAGGAGCCACUGAUGGUGGCGCCACUUGCUAUGGCGCCGCCGAUGGUGGCGAACUCACCGCUGUUUGUGCUGCCGCCGCCGCCGCUGGAUCCCGAGCUGCUGCUGGUCCCACCGCAGGAACCCCUGAUGGCGCCGUUGCAGGAGCCACUCAUGGUGCCACCGUUUGCGAUGGCGCCCCCAAUGGCAGCUGACGUGCCGGUGCCGCAUACCCUGCAUGCGGCAGUGGGGGAUCCUCUUGCCCCCUCCGCUGGUGUGGGUGUUGAGGAUGACGAGGACGGCUUCCCCCGAGAUGGAAGCUAUCUGCUUGAGGUGGCGGACGCCAUCUUGGACGAUGGCAGUGGACGCCAGGCCACUGAUGAGGACGUCAACCGUCUGCUCUGGGAGCACGGCCUUGAGAGCUUCAUCAAGCCCAAGCCCAAGCCCAUGUAA